AUUUCAUGAUCCAUCAGUCUCUGCCUUGCACGCAAUGCAAAAACGUUCGUAACUCUGUGAUAUUAAAUAAACUUGUGUAGGGAAAAAGUGCGGGAAUCCUACUAGCAAGUAUGAUUCUAGAGGCUUUGAUAGUUUUGCUCCUCGGCUGCUGCUGGUACUGGUAUACUGGAUCUGCCAAGUACAGGAUAGGCAAUUUUCCUUCUCCACCUGCAUAUUUCCUGCUCGGGCAUGCUCCUUAUGUUAACUCGGCGGACAAGGUGUUACCAUACGUCGAAAAAUAUCUCUCGAAAUUCGAUGGAGUCAUGAAGAUCCAUGUUGGAACAGAGGUUCUGCUCUGCAUUUCCAACUAUAAAUACGUUGAGUGGAUCAUAUCCAGCACCACAAUGAUAACGAAGUCCUUCCAAUACAAAUUCUUCGAAGAGUGGCUUGGCAGAGCUUUGCUCAUCACAUCAGGACCCUACUGGAGAUCACAUAGGAAGAUAUUAACGCCAGCGUUUCACUUCAAAAGGAUAGAGAAUCUCAUAAGCGUUUGUCAAAACGCCGGAAAUAUUCUAGUGCAACAAAUGUCCAAGAAUCUGGAUAAGGGAAGCUUCGACGUCUACCCUAUAAUCUCCAACUUCUCAUUGGAUGUUGUAUGUGAAAGUUCCAUGGCAACGUCGAUCAACGCUCAAGAAAACAAAUCAGAAUAUCGCCGAUCCAUCAAGUUCUUGUGCGAAAUUAUAUUAAAGAGGGCCUUCGAUGCCUUCUACAUACACGAUCUCUUGUUUUUGUUACAUCCCGAAUAUAAGACUUACAAGAAAUCGAUCGAAAAUAUUCACGAGUUCGACGAGUCGGUGAUAAAGCAAAGGAGAAAACUUCUGGAGAAUUCGCAAACGAACGAAAAAGACGAGGAAGAUGCUGAGAAUGUUUACGGCGAGAAAAAGAGAACUCCAUUUCUGGACAUUCUUCUACGGGCUAGAGAUGAGAACGGGUAUCCUUUAAGCGAUAAAGAUAUAAGAGACGAAGUUGAUGGAAUCAUGUUUGCUGGUUUUGAGACCACUGCUUCAGCUGUCAGCUUCAUUCUGUAUAAUUUAUCUGUUCAUCCCGAUGUACAGGAAAGAGUGUACAAUGAACAGAAGGAAAUAUUCUCGAAAAAAUCAACGUCUGAAAUCACCUAUGCUGAUCUGAACGACAUGAAGUAUUUGGAAAUGGUCAUCAAAGAAUCCUUGAGGUUGUACUCCCCAAUACCUUUCGUUGCAAGAAAAUUGGUGGAAGAUACACACUUUGAUGGAAAACUCAUUCCGAAGAAUACGACUGUGACAAUCUUCUUGCAUCAUCUCCAUCGAAAUCCUGAGGUAUUCCCCGAGCCUGAUAAAUUCGAUCCUACACGAUUUGAUGCCAAUUCUAAAAUUCCAAAUUAUGCCUUCUUACCUUUCAGCGCGGGUCUGAGAAAUUGCAUAGGACAAAAAUUCGCCAUGUUUGAGAUCAAAGUGGCAGUAACGCAACUGGUGAAGCAUUUCCAGUUUCUUCCUGCUGACAAUUACAAACCGGAAAUUAUUGCGGAAAUAUCCCUGAAAUCAUCCAACGGAAUAUGUGUGAAACUCAUAAAACGAGAAGAGUUGAUGAUAAUGAUACGAAAUGAAAUGCAUAUUAUAAAAAAAUGGAAAAUAUCUGAAGAAGAUCAACCAGAAUUACUUUUAAUCCGCUUUCAUCUCUUCUUCUUGAGUUCACUGACUUCAUUUAUAGCGUUAUUCCCCCAAAACGAGCAUGCUAAUUGGACUGAGAAAUUCAAGGUGGUCCUUGAAAUUUUCAUUUCCCUUUUGCAUCAUUUCUUGAUCAGUCAUAACUGGAGUAAGUUCGAUCGAGAUAUGAUUGCAGAAAUUUUCGUAUCACUUUUACUAGUUCUCUUAUGUUUGCUCUAUACCAGAUCUUCGAGAUACAGAAUCGGGAAUUUCGAUCAACCUCCAUCGAAAUUUUUGAUAGGGAAUGCCCUAGAUGUGGCUUCAUCGAAAAAGAUUCUUCCAUUUUUACAUGAAUAUGCUUUUAAGUUCAACGGUCUAUUCAAGUGUUUCAUAGGAAUUGACGCUUUCCUAGUUGCUUCGAAUUAUGAAUUCAUUGAAUGGAUAAUGAAAAGCAACAAAAUAAUAUCAAAACCAGAGCGAUUCUUCGUUUUGGAAGAGUGGUUAGGCGAUGGACUGCUUACCUCAACAGGUUCUCACUGGAGGGAACACAGGAAGAUUGUAAGUCCUGCCUUCCAUUUCAAAAUGAUAGAGGAUUUUAUACGCGUUUGCAACCGUAAAACUGACAUCUUGCUGCGGAAGCUAGAUGAAAAAUUAGAUGAAGACCCUUGUGAUCUUUAUGACACACUGACCAACUUCACCUUGAGUACAAUUGUAGAAAGUUCGAUGAAGAUUUCUAUCGACGCAGAGGAGGCUAAAUCAGGGUUUCUCGAAGCAAUCAAAAUUGUAGCAGAAAUAUCGAUAGAAAGAAUGAUCAACGGCUUUUACACUUCUAAUAUUGGAUUCUUGUUUCACCCGAAACGAAAGGCUUUUCAAAAAUCGCUUCAAAUCGUUAGGGACUUCAAUAGAUCGGUGAUCAAAAAGAGGAAAGACAAGUUGGACAGGUCCGAAGUGUUGGUUGAUCCUAAUGAUAAUGUUUAUAGACGAAAGAAGGGAACUCCCUUUUUGGACUUGCUUCUCACAACCGUUCAAGGAAAUGGUCAGCCUUUUUCAGACAAAGAUAUCAUGGAUGAGGUUAACACAGUCGUGCUGGCAGGCUAUGAUUCAGUUUCAUCUGCUAUUUCCUUCAUUCUUUAUAACAUAGCCAAUAACCCUAAUAUACAGACACAAGCAUUUGAAGAACAAACUGAAUUCUGUUCAGGUGAAGAAAUUACAAGUUCCGAGCUGAGUUCAAUGAAAUACCUAGAUAUGGUUGUAAAAGAGUCCUUGAGACUAUAUACCCCUAUUCCUUUCAUUGCGAGAAAAGUAGAAGAAGAUGUUUAUUACGAUGGUAAACUAAUCCCAGAGGGCACAACCAUUAUAAUUGUCAUGUACAGCCUUCAUCGCAAUCCCGAAUGGUUCCCGGAGCCUGAAAAGUUCAAUCCCGAACGUUUCGACUCAAAUUCCAAGAUUCCCCCAUUUGCUUACAUCCCCUUCAGUGCCGGACCAAGAAACUGUAUAGGACAGAAAUUUGCCAUGGCUGAAGUUAAAAUAGCAGUUGCAAAAAUUCUGAGGACAUACGAGCUUCUACCUGCGCGGAAUUUUAAGCCCCAGCUCUAUUCCGCAUUGACUUUGAGAUCAGAGAAUGGAGUGUGUGUGAAACUGAAGCGAAGAAAUCCUUCAGUUACCAGAUAAAGUUUCAAGAAGAAUCUUAUAUGUCGAAAAACGAUAUAGUUUAGUCUUAAACUGAAGCAGUAAAAUAUUAAAAUUCAUUUCAUUAAAAUGAUAUGGAAGGUUUGUGGGUGUCAACUGGGCUGUGCUAGGGUUAUUUGGGUAUUUAUAAGAAUUUGAAUAAAGAUAUAAUAGAGCAAAUUA